GUUUGUAUUUCAGUUUGAAGGUUGUAAACUGCGGCAAGUUUAGCCUAUAGAAAUGUGUACGAUGUGACACUCAAUAUGUCACUGAAGACAUUAUUAUCAACUAUCCUUCUCCUCUCCGCAACCUUCGUUGGAGGCUCUGCAGAAGUUGUGACAAAAGAGUUCACAAGAAUUACGACAUGUGACGACAUUACCACAUCAACGUCAGUGACGGUGCUGACGCAGACUGAAUGUGCUGUGGCAUGUGCCGGACACGACUGGUGUAAAUCGUUUUCGGUAACCACAACAGCGCCACGACUCUGCUAUCUGCACAGUGUAUACCUGAAGGCCGGCGUGUGUGAGGGACACUUCAAACACUAUAAUGACAUGAACAACCCUUGUUUUCACGGAGGAGACUAUGACGUUUCAAGCAGCACCUGCAUCUGUUACGGUGGCUACGUUGGUGACUAUUGCGAAAGACUCAUGCAAGACUGCACUGAGGGGAAUCUCUACAGUUACUAUGUCAACCAAAACGGUAGCUUCCUUUGCAACCCGAACAGUGCCCCUGAGCCGAUCAAGGUCCACUGUGACAUGACUUAUGGGGGAAGGACGCUACUCAUGACCCAGACUUCAGGAACAGAGAACUUCACCAGAACGUGGGAAGAGUACAAAACAGGUUUCGGCAGUCUGUCAGGUGACCAUUGGCUGGGCAAUGACAAUAUACAUUACAUAACUAGUAGUAGAUUACACUACCUUGUUGCUGAACUUUGGACACCCGGCAUUGACAUCUUUAAUAUAAUCGCACAACGGUUCUACCGUGACUUUCUUGUUGGGCCGGAAGUAGACGACUAUAAGAUGACUUUUUCCUCCAGUUUUCCUAACCCAGACUGGGUGCAGCUUCCAGCAGAAUGUCUUGUGAGCGCCACGCCCUUCAGUACCCUAGACGUGGACCACUCAUCCGGAGCAGUUGGGUUGACACGGUCUGGCUUCUGGCAUGCCAACACUCCAGAGUGUAAUCCAACCGGACAGCUGAAACCAACUGACAUAUCAUGGGGAGGGGACAAAACUGACGUGUUCUGGCAGGAUGGUAUUGAUGGCGACGCUGUCAACAAAAUCCUUCUCUUUGUCCUCAGUGGUGUUCCGUGA